AUGAAAAUAUUGAGUUGGAAUUGUAGAGGAAUGGGGAGCAAUUAUACAAUUAGUUAUCUGAGGGAUAUAUGGCAUAAACAUAAACCGGCGUUUCUUUUCUUAUCAGAAACAAAACAACAGUUUGAUUUUGUUCAGAAUUUUCAAUUUCAUUUUGGGUAUAAACACCUACAUACGGUGGAUCCUAUUGGGAGAAGUGGAGGACUGGCUCUUUAUUAUGAUCACGAUUCACCGGUGUCUAUUAUUUAUUCAAGUAAUAGAAUAAUAGAUAUUGAAACCACAUAUAAAGGAAAAACAAUUUUUAUUUCUUUUGUAUAUGGGGACCCCGUUCAGGGUCUUCGAGACCACGUUUGGGAACGUCUUACUCGAAUUGGGAUAAAUAGAGUGGACCCAUGGUUUAUUAUUGGGGAUCUAAAUGAAAUAAGAGGUAAUCAUGAGAAGGAAGGGGGGGUGUUACGACACACGUCCACUUUUGUCGAUUUUAAUAAUAUGAUUGACAAUUGUGGUUUUUUGGAAUUUCCUGCUGUGGGAAAUACUAUGUCAUGGAGUGGGACGAGGAACAAACAAACGGUAAAAUGUAGAUUAGAUCGGGCUUUAGGGAACGUGGAAUGGCACACCCUAUUCCCGUCCGCAUUUGUCGAGUAUUUGGGAAUGGUAGGCUCGGAUCAUAGGCCUAUUGUGACGAAUUUAGAUGAGAAACAAGUAAGAACGAGAAGGCAAUUUCGGUUUGAUAAGAGAUGGAUUGGUAUGGAUGGUCUUAUGGAUUCCAUUUCGAGAGGUUGGUCUACAGGAAGGCCAAGUCAUAAUUCGGGAGUGGUAGAUAGAAUUAUCAACUGUAGACAUGAAAUUUCGGUUUGGAGGAAAAAUAAUCCACCAUAUGGGAAGGAAAAGAUUAAUUCUCUUCAGAAGGCUUUGGAGGACAUUCAGUGUGAUAAUACCAAGACAUAUGAGGAGGUGCUAGAAGUUUCUAGGAAGUUAAAAGAAGCUUAUAGGGAUGAAGAAUUAUACUGGGAACAAAAAAGUCGAACGACUUGGCAUGCAAAAGGGGAUAGAAAUACAAAAUUCUAUCACGCCCUAACUAAGCAGAGACGAAUACAAAAUAAAAUUGUGGGUUUGCACAAUAGUGGUGGUAAUUGGGUAACAUCAGAAUCUGAGGUAGAAGGUGUUGCGAUAGAUUACUUUAAUGACUUGUUCACAACGACAUCACCUUCGGGCUAUGAAGAUUUUCUAAGUGAGGUGCCUACUUUGAUUACAGAGGAUCAAAACAGGUCUUUGACCUCUUGGGCAUCAGAGGAGGAAGUGAAAUCAGCUUUAUUCAUGAUGCAUCCUGAAAAAGCUCCAGGACCGGAUGGAAUGACAGCUUUAUUUUUCCAACAAUCCUGGUCGAUUAUUAGAUCAGAUAUCACAAAUAUGGUUAACGAAUUUUUUAGGACUGGAUAUUUGGAGGAGAGGAUGAAUAUGACCAAUAUUUGCCUCAUCCCAAAGACAGUGCGACCAAGUAGAAUGACGGAAUUGAGGCCAAUUAGUUUAUGUAAUGUGGGUUAUAAGAUUAUUUCGAAGGUGCUUUGCCAACGGCUGAAGAGGCUACUACCACAAUUGGUAUCAGAAACACAAUCCGCUUUUGUUUCUGGGAGACUGAUCUCCGAUAAUAUAUUAAUUGCUCAGGAGAUGUUUCAUGGAUUAAGAACGAAUAAUUCAUGUAAGGAGAAAUUUUUGGCUAUAAAAACAGAUAUGAGCAAAGCAUAUGAUAGGCUUGAAUGGCCUUUUAUUGAGGCGAUGCUAUUAAAGUUGGGUUUCGCACAAAGGUGGGUAUCUCGGAUAAUGUCUUGUAUUACGUCGGUAAAAUAUAAAAUUGUGAUUAAUGGUCAACCAAAAGGACAUAUUAUACCAAACCGAGGACUUCGUCAAGGUGAUCCGUUAUCACCUUAUUUGUUUAUUUUGUGUACUGAGGCAUUAAUAGCAAAUAUACGGAAAAAGGAAGAAAAUAAAUUAUUGACGGGGUUAAAAAUCGCGCGUGGUAGUCCGACAAUCACACACUUAUUAUUUGCGGAUGAUAGUCUCUUUUUUUGCAAAGCUAAUAGGCAAGAAUGUGAGACUAUCAUACAGAUUUUGAAAGACUAUGAGAGAGCAUCGGGGCAACAAAUUAACUUUCAGAAGUCUUCCAUUCAGUUUGGUCAUAAGGUACCGGAUGUAGCACGUUUAGAGGUGCAACAGGUUUUGGGCAUUACUACAAUUGGUGGUAUGGGAACAUACUUGGGGAUUCCCGAAAGUCUUGGUGGCUCUAAAACACAAGUAUUUGGUUAUCUUAAUGAAAGGGUCAAUAAUAAGAUUAAUAAUUGGACUAUUCGAUUCAUUACGAAAGGAGGAAAGGAAGUUUUAAUUAAAGCAGUAGCAUCCCCUAUGCCAACUCAUGUUAUGUCCUGCUUUCGGUUACCAAAAACGGUUACGAAAAAAAUUACCAGCACGGUUGCUCAUUUUUGGUGGGGUGGUAGUGGUAAUAAAAAAGGUAUGCAUUGGUUUGCAUGGGAUAAAAUGUGCAAAGAUAAACCGGACGGUGGUAUUGGUUUUAGAGAUAUUCAAAAUUUUAAUACGGCAUUAUUAGCAAAACAACUAUGGAGGUUAAUCGAUAAACCUGAUUCUCUUUUUGCAAGAGUUUUUAAAGGAAGAUACUAUAGAAAAUCUGAUCCUUUGGAUCCAAUCAGAUCAUAUUCUCCCUCAUAUGGGUGGAGAAGUAUUACAUCAGCUAGAUCUCUGGUUAAUAAAGGGCUAAUCAAAAGAGUGGGAACUGGUUCAAGCAUUUCAGUCUGGAAUGAUCCUUGGAUCCCUGCUCCUCGCCCGAGGUCAGCAAUACCAAAAUGUUCGAAUCAAUAUUUGAAUCCAUUACUUAAGGUGGAGGAUUUAAUUAAUCCAGUCGAUCUCUCUUGGAAUCUGGAUUUGCUCAAAGUAUAUAUUCACCAGGACGAUGUGGAUAUUAUACGGAGUUUAGCUAUUAGUCGUAACCCAAAACCAGAUUCAUAUGGAUGGCAUUUUACGGACCAUGGUCGAUAUACAGUUAAAUCAGGUUAUCGUACGGAUAAAUUAUUUCCGGAUAUGGGAUCUCAUGAUAGAGUUUUGGGACCAGAUAUUAAGCCACUGUUGGCUCACUCUUGGAAGCUUCAAUGUUCAUCAAAGCUGAAACAUUUUGUUUGGCAGAUACUUUCGGGUAGUCUACCGGUAACCAAGAAUCUUCAUUCACGAGGGAUAAAAUGUGAUGUGAAAUGUCAAAUAUGUGGUGCAGAGGAAGAAUCUAUUAAUCAUGUUCUGUUUGAGUGUCCAUUAGCACUACAAACGUGGGCUUUAUCUAAUAUUCCUUCAUGCCCAGGUGUCUUUCCCACCCCGUCACUUUUCACAAAUAUGGACUAUCUUUUCUGGCGGUUACCUAAGGAACCAGAUUUGAAUUAUUUUCCAUGGAUAUUGUGGUAUAUUUGGAAGAAUAGAAACGCUAAAGUUUUUAAGAAUCAGAUAAAAACCCCUUUUGAUAUUCUUCGAAUGGCGAAAAUAGAAGGUGUUUUGUGGGCUGAAGCCCAGACAAAGGAACCUAUAAACCGUGAAUCUCUACAUAUUGCAGAGACCCAUUUUCCACAUGGAGUUAACAAGUGUUAUAUAGAUGGAGCAUGGAAGGAACAUGAUCUUUAUACAGGGCAGGGAUGGGUCUACAGAAAAGAUGGAUCAAAUGAUACUAUGAUGGGUGCAAUGUCUAUUCGCAGGAGUCUAUCACCUUUACAUGCUGAAUGUGAAGCGUUGAUAUGGGCGAUGGAGUGCAUGAAGACCCUACAAAUCUCAGAGGUGGUGUUUGCAACAGACUGUUCUCAAUUGGUGAAGAUGGUGUCUACACCGACAGAAUGGCCGGCGUUCACUACACACAUGGAGGAGUUUCUGCGAUGUAAGGAAUUCUUUCUCAACUUUACUAUCCAGCAUAUACCAAGGGCGCAAAAUACUCUGGCGGACAAGCUGGCACGAGGUGCUAGAACUUCGCCAUCUGCUAUGGUUUAUGUUGACUCAGUUCCUCCGAGGUGGCUCUCGGAUCAGGAAUCUUCUUAGUUUCUUAGCCUUUUGUCGUAAAAAAAAAAAAAAAUAAGAUUUAUUUCUAAAACUGAAAAUUUUAAAAUUCUUAACCAAACCCAACCGAAUAACUAAAUAUGCCUAAUAUGCACAUACCAACUAGAUUUUGUAAAAAAAUUCAUUGUACCUAUACCAUGUGACAACUUAAAACUGUAUUAUCUGAAAAAUAUACAAAGUAGGUGACUGAAAGAUGCUUUUAAAGAAAAUAUAGGAAAGGGAAAAUUUCACAAAGAUACACCAACUAGAUUUUGUAAAAUUUACUAAUACUCAAAUUUUUUCGCUACCCAAUUUGAUACUUCAACUAAUUAUUUUGUUCAUUUUAAUAUACAAACUUUUAGAAUUGUGCUCAUUCUAAUACCCAAACUUUAUUUAUUUUAAUCAAAAAUAUUAAAAGUUAAAACGAAAUUUAAAAAAUCUCUAAACUCUAAAAAAAACUUUAAAAUUCCCACUUUUUAUUUUAAGUUAUUGGAAAGAAAGUAACUAAAUUAUGGGAAAAAAAUUAAGUUUAGAAAAACUUAAUUUUGAAGGUACAAAAAUAAAUUUGGUUUCUAUUUCCAAAAAUAAAUUAAAUUUGAUAUUUAAAACUUAAACUUUUAUUACACAGUUUAAGAUUAUCGACAAUUUAGUUAAUUUUAUUCUAAGACUUGAAAUAAAAUUAGAAUUUUUAAGAUUGUUUUGUGAAUUUAGAGAUUUUUGAAUUUUAUUUGAAACUUAUUAAUAUUUUUGAUCAAAAUAAAUAAAGUUUAGGUAUUAAAAUGAGCACAGUUUUAAAAAUUUGUAUAUUAAAAUAAGAAAAAUAAUUAGUUGAAGUAUAAAAGUGGGUAACAAAAAAAAUUGGGUAUUAAAAAGCUUAACAAAAUUUAGUUGGAGUAUUUUUAUGGAAUUUUCAACACUAGAUUAAAACAUAAAGACUUCAAGUCUUUUAUAAAGCACUAGAAAAAUUUUAAGUGUGAUAACACAUAUUUGAGAAAGUAGUAAAUGGUUCUUUUCGAUUUUGUCUUUGUGCUAUUUUUUGUUGUUGUUCUCGGUGGCGGAGCCAGCUCAACCUUUCACUAGGGUUCAGUUUUGUUUCGAAAUUUUUCUUUUGAUAAAAAUCCAUAUGGGUCAUAUGACCAUCCUCAGCUUAAGCUAGCUCCACCACUGGUUGUUCUUUUCGAUUUUGUGUACUAUAAGAUUAUCCAUUAGAGCCUAAGCAUUUGCAACUUCACGUUCGAUUUACAACUCUUUGCUUUUUAAAACAAGGGUUCUUACAACUAUUUGUUGGUUUAGACAUCCAUGCAGGUUAGCUUUUUGUAUCCAGACUGGGUUUGGAAAUAAACACUAAGUGAACCGGAUCUAAGGAAAUCAACAUUUGUGAAUCCAGGAUGGAACCAGAUUUUAUAAGUAAUUCAAGACCGCAGAUAAAAUAUAAUAUUGAACUACUUAAACGUUCAUAUCGAAUUUCCUAGAUUAUUAUAAUAAAAAUCUGAACUAACAACAAACCCUUCUUUCAAAGCAAAAAGUGAAUUAAGGAACUUUAGAUAAUUGAGUUUUCUUUAGCCUCCAAGUAACAUAAAAAUACCUUUUAUUUGCUCAGGUCCGUUACCUACGGACCAAUUAUGUGUCUUGCAACAAAGGGAAAAAUAUUCUUAAGAAAGGUAUUAGGUGUGAUACUAAAACGAUAAUUGUUUUCUUUGGUUUUAAUUUAAGAUUUAAGAUACUGUAACACCUUAAUUAUGAUGAUGUAUGAAUUUUAAUUCUUAAGUGAAAGUAUAUGGAAAUUUUCAUAGUACCUAUUUAGUGUAUCGUGUAGACAAAAAAAAAAUUGUGUUUCAUAUGAAAACCCGUGAACAUCAUAAAACAUAUCUCAUAAUUACGUAAUACAACCAUCAUCAUCAUCAUUAUAACUAGAAAAUGUUUCAAAUUAUUAGGUAAUGCAAAACAAAACAUAUAAUUUCUUUUAGCCCAGUGUUUAGAAAUGACUAUAAACUCUAAUUGUUUAAAGAAAAACUAACUAAGCUAAUACAAGAAUUUGUUAAACUCAGUACAUUCCAUACGCAUAUCACUAGUUACCAAAGAUCCACAUUACAUACAGUGACACACAUAUCAAUAUUUAUCAUAGGUCCAGAGCGAGUGAAGAUUUAGCAACUUUGUAGGGCGAAACUAUUGAUAGCAACAAGAGAGUGGUCGUCCAAACGCGCUUGAGCAGAGGGUGAGCAUAUCUUAUCAAACCUGAGUGGAGCAACAUCGCCUUUAUCUGUACGUAACCAAUUAUGAUUGGGUGGUUAUAAAGAACGCGCUGUUACCCGCGUUUGACAUUUGCAAUCGACAUAUUUUCU